AUGCGGGUUCCAGACUGCGAUCCAAAUCCUUCAAAUGAAGGACACAAACCAUUUUUAGCAGUUCACAAUCAUGAUUUGGUGAUCCUUUCACAACUGCACUUCUUACGGUCAAACCAUGAGGUUCCAGAAGUAAUGACUUCCCAUGUAAUGAGCAUGAACAGAUGUGGGAUAAAAACUAGUUCAGCAGUAGCACACAUGGCCCUACAAUCUAGUGGUUAUGAUAAUCUUCCUUUUCAACUAAAAGAUGUGUACAACAAAGUUGCAACUUUAAGAAAACUAGAUAACCUACCAAGUGACUCAAAGGGUGCGCUGGCUUUCUUGGACGACCUAUCAACAAAGGACCCUGAUAUAUAUGUUGAGUAUAAAUUAGAUGACCAAAAUCACUUGACAAAUCUUUUAUGGGCUGAUGGAGUGAGUAGAAGGGACUACAUGCUAUUUGGUGAGGUCAUUGCAUUCGACUCAACGUACAUGACCAACAAGUAUAAUAAGCCAUUGAAAAUAGUUUUUGGCAUCAAUCAACACUUUGAGACUUGUGUGUUUGGGUACGUAGUGAUAGUGGAUGAGACAGAGGACAUCUAUUGUUGA